ACCCUAGGGAGGGAGCGAGUCCUCGAUCGAUGAUGCUAAUCUGCGAAGUAACAGCCGCCUCCCUACAGUCUUUCUUGGAGUUGCGCAAAGCCGCAUAAAGCGCCCUGCAGAUACGUUGUUCUUCUGCCUAUCAAGUUCGCUCCUCUUCAGUACGCGACUGGUAUACAAUAUUCUACUGCCAUCUCGCGGAAAUACGAUGAAAGUUUUAGGAACGCCCACCUUUUCGAACCAAAUAAUGGCGACUCCGCUUGAAAAUAGACUCUGUGUCGAGGGCGGUACGAGGACAGGCUUCUUCUGCUGUCGGUUCGACGGCCGCUCCGACGGGGGCGGACAAACGGCGCUCACUCCUCUCGCCGACCACCCCUCGCGAAGCUCUCGCCGCGAACGGCGAUCGAGCUCGUCACGACUCCUCACGAUGCAGGCCGCGACGCCACCUCCUAGCUUGGCACGAGGGAUGAGCCAGCAAUUUCCAAUCGGCGUCAUCCGGCAAUCUCCAAUCUUUCUCAUGUGGAGACGACUAUCCUCUUCCCCUCUCCGCAGCACCAGCUCCCUCCUCGUCCUUGUCCUCGUCGCCCUCCUCCUCCCGACAGCAACCCUAGCCACCCGCAACGGCCCUAGUAGUAGCGCAGACUUAUCGCGGGGUCCCUCUUCCGCAGAUGGCGGCGGCGGUAGCGGAGAAGCCGCGGUAGCGGAGAGACAGGAGCCGUGUGUGUUCGAGGCGCACAUGCGGGAGAAAUGGGCCGCCGCGAAGCACGGCGCACCGCAGCCUAGCGAUCUAGAGAAGAUCGUGCGGGUGUUUCUGGGGGAGGGGUAUGGCGGAGCGACGGCAGACCUAGAACGCGUUACCUCGAGUGGCCGGAACGGCCGUAGCACCGUUAUAAGCAGUAGCGUUACUAGCAGUAGCAUGGCGCGGAGCAGCAGCAGCAGCGGCUUUAUCCCGCGCCGGUCCCGGGCGCUACGCGCGCGGAACCCGCGGCUGAGUUACGUGGAGCGGGCGCGGCGGCUGCUGCUGGGCGCGGACGGGGAGGUGGUGCCGAUCCAGGCCCCCGCGCUGGGGUCGCCGCCGACGGCGGGCGACAUGAACCAGCCGUGGUACCGCUUCGAAACCGUGUCGCAGUUGCGGUUCGUCGAUUGGCGCGCAUCGCGGUAUCGCACGGGCCUGCUGCUCCAGGACGGGUGCGAGAGCUGCUGGGCGUUAGCGGCCACGGACCUCCUCUCCAUGCUCUGGGCGCUCGCCACUAACGCCUCCGCGCCCGUGCCGCUCGCGCCGCAGCAGGCGUGCGACUGCGGCACGGGCAGCUGCUGCCGCGGCGGGUGGCCGGAGUGGGUGUUCCUAUACGCGAUGAGCAACGGCGGCGUCGCGCGGGAGGCGGAUUACCCGUAUACGGCUAUGGAUGGGCAAUCGUGCCGCGGGUUGCAGGCGGGAGCGGUGAAGCUGGGGAAUGUUAGCGGUUGGGAGAAAGUCCCCGCUAAGAGCUCGGUUUCGCUUAUGAAAGCGGUUUCGCAGCAGCCGGUGUUGGUGUACGUCGCGACGGAUAGCAAUGAUUUUCGGGGAUACAGCGGGGGUUUAUUUAACGGAGUUUGCGGCGAAGAUAUCGAUCACGCGAUGAUUGUCGUGGGUUACAAUUUGGACGCCGUGGAGGGACCCUAUUGGCUGCUGAAAAACACCUGGGGGCCGGAGUGGGGCGAAAUGGGUUACAUGAAGCUGCCGAUUUUGGGCGAAAGCGAGCCGCGCGGGAAGUGCAACAUCCACAGCGAACCGGCCGUGUACCCAACUUUUUACGAUUCGCGAAGUAACGCGAACCCGUGUAACGUUCGCCCGCAGCCGUGCGGGGGAGGCACGUGCAGGUUGGAUUCGGAUAGCGCGCCGCGGUGCACUUGCCCCGCGGGAUUCGUCGAGAGAAGGGAAUCGACCGGGCCGCCCAAAUGCGCGCGGGCUGAUCCGUGCGGCGCGAAUCCGAACCCGUGCGGCCUGGGAACGUGCUCGAACAAAUUCGACGGCAGCUACACCUGCUCCUGCCCCGCGGGCUCCGUGAUUGGAGCGCGCACGGACGGCGCGAUGACGUGCGUGCUGGGCACGUUCCAGAGCGGGCUGCAGACUCACACGGUUGCAGCGGGCGACACCUGCGAGUCUCUCGCCCGCGCGUUCAACGUGACGCCCGCCUUCCUGGAGGCCAAGAACCCGUUCCUCGACUGCUCCUCCCCCCCCCUCACGCCCGGCUUCAUCCUCAUAGUGGCUGGCACCAACUUCUCCCUCGGCUGCGCCGCCAUGGACCUUAUAGCCCCAGCCGACUCCUGCACCACCCUCGCCGCGCGUAACAACGUUACCACCAAGGUGUUACAAGCACUCAACCCCAGCAUCAACUGCUCGCUGCCAGCGUCUUCGCUCCGCGUGUCGUCCACGGUGUGUGUGCGGUCCGGCAUGCUGUCCACCACCAUGCCGGCUAGUGUCUCGUGCGGGCAGACGUACAGAGUGCAGAGUGGAGACACCUGCAUGGGCGUGGCGGUUAACUCCAACAUCUCGCUCUCGAGGCUCAUGCUCCUCAAUCCCGGGUUGCGGUGUGCGUCCACGGACCCGCUCGACCCCUCGCUCACACUCUGCAUUGCACCUCUCACGGUGGAGCUGGUGGCGGUGGAGUGUGCGGAGUGGUACUCGGUCACGCAGGCCGACACCUGCUUGCACAUCGCCAACGCCGCGCUGCUUUCCAUGGACGACUUUAUGAAGCUCAAUCCGGGCCUCAGGUGUGACCCGCCUUACUUCCAGAUUGGGCAGCAGGUCUGCAUCGCCGGGGCAAUCGAGGCAUUCAGCACCGAUUCCCUCUCGUCCGACGUCAUUCCGUACACCGUCGUUGCCAACGACACCCUCGCAUCCAUCUCCAAGUACUUCAACACGCUCUGUCUGAAUAACACCUUCCCCACCUCCAUCUGCUCCUCCAACACCCUCCCCUCCUGCGACGACUCUGCCAUCUCCCAAGGGCAACUGCUCCUGAUACCCUGCAAAAACCGGAUAUUUUCCGACCUCUGCCCGAUGGCGACUUCUGUUGUUUGUGGGGCCGACGGGGUGACCUAUGGCAGCGGGUGUGCGGCAAAAAAAGCAUAUGCCAUGCCGUUUAAAUUGGGAGCCUGUAGCCCUUGCGAAUCUGCCUGCCGUGGUCGCAUGUUCUUAAAGCCCCUUACAGGCACCCCCUGCACUGCCCCUCCUGGCGUCUGCCCCCCGCCUCAGUGGCCCAUCAACGACACCUCCCUCACGUGCGGGAAUCUCUCGCCGUGUGACUGCAUGUUUCAAAUAUGUGUAUACAACUGUAGACGGGCGUCCGUGUAUGUGCCACUCAGUCAACGGCCGGGGUGGGCUCCAAAUGCGUGCUUGCCUGCCUGCCACCAGUAUAGAACACCAUGUCAAGCCCGGAAGGCUCCUGCUUGGCUUAGAUAGUAGUGUCAAAUAUAUGCAUAACUUAUAUUUGUAUAGACUGUAUAGGGUUACCUCUUAGAGGGUACAACACUCUAAGGUAUAUACCCUUGUUCUCUCUCUCACUAUUCAACACUUA